CGCGCCACCCGGCGCCGCGUCGAAAAUGAAAGUGCUCCACUGGUGUGUCGCGGUGUUGGCGCUCUGUGUGAUCUGUGUCACGCCACCAGCCGCGACCCACGCGGAGUCCGGAGGACUGCUGAGCAAGCUGGGCUGCGCGCUGUGCAAGGUGAAGGCGAGCCGUUACCUGUCGUGGAUGCGGCUGGGCCUGCCGCUGUCGGCCGUCACCACCGAGGCGCGCCUGCUCUGUACGGUGUUCGGCGGCUACUCGGCCGCCGUCUGCUCCGGCGUCAUCGUCCGCUGGCAGGACCGGGUGCUCUACAUCGCGCGGCACACGAGCGCGACGGCGGCCGAGGUGUGCGGCGUGCUCAUCGAGAGCUGUCAGUUCAGCGUAGCGCGUCGACACUGGGCCGUGGAGCUGCCCGCGCCGUCCGCGCACCACACGCACCGGCCCCCGGCAGGAUACGGCAAAAGGCUGAAGGUGCUCCACCUAGCUGACAUACAUCUCCAGCUGGACUACGUGGCCGGUAGCAAUGCCAAGUGCAAGAACAAGCUGUUCUGCUGCAGAGCCAAGGAUGGAUUUCCUCGUGUCGCCAAGAAGCACGCGGCCGGCGUGUGGGGCACGUACGAGAACUGCGACACGCCUCCCGCCCUGCUUGACACCAUGCUCAGCCACAUCAAGUACCAGCAUCCCGACGUGGCCUACAUUCUGUGGACGGGCGACAAUGCCGCGCACGAUGUGCACGCCACGUCCCGGCGGCGGACGAUCGAGGCCAACCGUGCCGUCACACGUGCCAUCCGGCACGUGUUCCCGCGUGCGCUGGUGGUGCCCGCCCUCGGCAACCACGACACCCAUCCAGUCAACAGCUUCCCGCCCCCGCACCUGGCCGGCCGCUUCUCCAACGCCUGGCUCUUCAGCGCCCUCUACGACAUGUGGCGCCCCCUGCUCGACAACACCGACCUCUACCACGGCGUGGAGCACUACCACAGCUUUUCGGAGACGUUCGACCCGCUGGGAUACUACUAUAUCAGGGCGGCCGAGGCCGGCCUCAGGAUCCUGGUGGUCAACACCAAUUACUGCUACCGCUACAACUUCUGGACGCUGCUGGAGCAGCCUGAUCCGGGUGGCCAGCUGCAGUGGCUGGCGCGCCAGCUGGCGGCGGCCGAGGCGGCCGGCGAGGCGGUCCACAUCGUGGGUCACGUGUCGCCGGGCGACCCGGGCUGCCGGCCAGACUGGAGUCACCAGUACAGCCGGGUGGUGCACAGAUUUCGCACCACCAUCGUCGCCCAGUUCUUCUCGCACACUCAUCUGGACGAGUUCCAGGUGGCGCUGGACGACGAGGGCAGGCCGUUCUCCACUAUCUACAUCGCGCCCUCUGUCUCGCCGUGGUCGAACCUCAACCCCGGCUACAAAAUCUACUACGUCGAUGACGGCAGCUGGGCGGUAACGGACACGGAGCGCUGGGUGACCGACCUGGAGGCGGCGAACCGGUCGCCAGCCGCGGCGCCCGUCUGGCGGCGGCUCUACUCGGCGCGGCCGGCGUACGGCCUGGCGGCCCUGACGCCGGCCGCCUGGUGA